AUGCUAACAAGGAACUGCCUGCUGCUGUUCCUUUGGAUUCUUGUUGACGAAGGCUCAGUCUUUUCUUUGCGUCCACCUUUACCACCACUGGGACGGAGCAGGACGGGGAGGGAGCACGGCAGGACCUUGGUGGGCCCGAUGAGGAAUGGGGCAGCUGGAUUUCAACGGGUCAAACGGGGCUGGGUGUGGAACCAGUUCUUUGUACUGGAGGAGUACAUGGGGUCAGACCCGCAGUACGUGGGCAAGCUGCACACUGACCUCGAUAAAGGGGACAGUGCGGUGAAGUACACUCUCUCGGGGGACGGUGCUGGCUCCAUUUUCACAAUUGACCAAACAACGGGGGACAUUCAUGCCUUAAGGAGUCUUGACAGGGAGGAGAAGCCUUACUACACCCUGCGCGCCCAGGCUGUUGACAUCAACACCAAUAGGCCCUUAGAGCCUGAAUCUGAAUUUGUAAUCAAGGUUCAAGACAUCAACGACAAUGAGCCAAAGUUCCUGGAGGGACCAUAUAGGGCCAGUGUCCCUGAGAUGUCGCCAGUAGGGACGUAUGUGACACAAGUGACAGCCACAGAUGCAGAUGACCCCACCUAUGGAAACAGUGCCAGAGUGGUAUACAGCAUUCUCCAUGGCCAGCCAUACUUCUCUGUUGACCCUAAAACAGGGGUCAUAAAGACAGCCUUGCCAAAUAUGGACAGAGAGGUGAAGGAACAGUACCAGGUAUUAAUCCAGGCCAAGGAUAUGGGGGGCCAGCUGGGGGGCCUGGCGGGGACCACCACCGUCAACAUCACCCUCAGUGAUGUCAACGAUAAUCCACCCAGGUUCUCCAAAAGUUUCUUUCACCUAAGAGUUCCUGAAUCUUCUGCCGUGGGAUCUGCCGUUGGUAGAAUCAAAGCCCAUGACUUGGACAUCGGCAAAAAUGCAGAAGUAGAGUACACCAUUGUGCCCGGAGAUGGAGGCACCAUGUUUGACAUCACUACCAAUGAACACAACCAAGAGGGGAUCAUCAUUCUCAAAAGGCCGCUGGACUUUGAGACCAAGAAAGCAUACACCUUUAAGGUUGAUGCCUCCAAUGCUCAUCUGGAUCCACGGUUUCAAAGCUUUGGGGCCUUCAAAGACACAGCAACAGUGAAGAUUAACGUUUUGGAUGUGGACGAGCCCCCGGUGUUCAAUAAGCCCUCCUAUGUGAUGGAUGUGUAUGAGGAUACACCCGCGGGCACCAUCAUUGGAGCGGUGACGGCACAGGAUUUAGAUGCCAGCGGCAGUCCAGUCAGGUAUUCCAUUGACUGGAAGAGUGACUUGGACAGCUACUUUGACAUUGAUCCGGUGGAGGGAACGAUUUCCACGAACGAACUCCUUGACAGAGAGAGCAUCGCGCAGCACAAUAUCUCCAUCGUGGCGACCAAACUUAAUAGUCCAGUUCUGACCAGUCGGGUGGCCGUCACUGUCCACGUGUUGGACAUUAACGAGUUCCCACCUGAGCUCGCCAGUCCUUAUGAGACCUUUGUGUGUGAAAAUGCCAAAGUGGGACAGGUGAUUCAAACAUUCAGUGCAAGAGACCAGGAUCUACCAGCUGCUGGACAACAGUUCUCCUUCAAAUCACCAAAGGAAGACGUGAAAAACAAGAAUUUCACCAUCCGGGACUUUGGAAACAACACAGCUGGAAUUGUGACAAAGCGGAGUGGCUUCAGACGGCGUCUGCAGGAGAUUUACUUCCUUCCUGUGGUGAUUGAAGAUAAUGGCUACCCACCCAAGAGCAGCACCGGCACCCUGACCAUCCGUGUAUGCGGUUGCGAAUCAGAUGGCUCCCUGCUAACUUGCAGUGCAGAAGCCAUCUUUCUCCCUGUGGGUCUCAGCACAGGAGCUCUGAUCGCCAUCCUUCUUUGUAUCGUCAUCCUGUUAGUUAUAGUGGUUCUCUAUGUGGGCUUGAGACGGCAGAAGAAAAAGGAAACCCUCAUGUCAUCAAAAGAGGACAUCCGGGAUAAUGUGAUCCACUAUGAUGAUGAAGGAGGCGGGGAGGAGGACACGCACGCAUUUGACAUGGGGACGCUUCGCAAUCCCAAGGUUGUCAAAGAGAACCUGUACCGCAGGGACGUCAAACCUGAGAUGAAGAGAGGUCCCAGGCCGGCUGUCUCUCAGGACAGCGCCGACAUCAGAGAUUUCAUCAACCAGCGUCUGAAAGAGCACGACGUGGACAACUCAGCGCCGCCCUACGACUCCCUGGCGACGUACGCUUACGAGGGCAACGGCUCCGUGGCCGAGUCGCUCAGCUCCAUCGACUCGCUCGCCAUAGACCUUGAGGAGGACUAUGAUUACCUCAAUGAGUGGGGGCCCCGCUUUAAGACACUGGCAGGGAUAUUUGGGGAGCAGUCAGAAACUCAGUCGGACUCAACCACCACGGAGAACACACAUUGA